AUGGCCGCCAUUCUGCAGAGGCCCACGCCAUUAGCACCAGAAACGCGGACAACAACCCCUCCUCCGCAAUUGACCAUCAACACCUCCCAGCGAGGAACGCCCGCACCCGUGCCCAACAAACAUCUGCCCUUCUGCUCGCCCGGUUCCCGCCCGGCGUCGCGACAGCUCGAUACACCACCCGCCUCCCCACCGUCGCCAUCCAAUCUCAUAGAGACAACCUCCCUCACCCACCCACCCAAUGCCUUCGAAAAGUUGUUCAACGAUCCGCCCGUCUAUUCGAUGACAGCAGCCAAACUCUCCUCAGCGUUGGAUCAUCUGGCAACGCAACCGCUGCCUUCCCCGAAACAAGUCUUCCCCUGGCUGCACGGCCUUCAUGUCGACAACCAGCUGCAACUGGCCUUCUUCCUCGCACGCAAGAAGAGCGUGCGACGCACGCCAAAAUGCGUUCGAGGGCUGACAAUCGUCAAGGCGGGCGGUGAUCUCACGCGUAGCAGAAUCGUUGGCGCAAUUGCUCCCGAGGAGAUUCUCAAGCCGCUACAGGUCUCUAAGAACAAGGUCGUCGAAGAGCCGGAGUUCUUGGAUGCUGAUCCAAGGGAUGGAUUUAGCGUUCGUAACUUCCAGAUUCAGGCCUGCAAGAUGGCGACCGUGAGCGACAUCGUGGUAUAUGGAGACGACAAGACACCGCGAGAACAAGUCAUACGACUUGCGAAGAGAAUCUCCAGGGCGCAGACCAGUUGGCAGAAGAAGACCGAAGGUGGCUGUGGGAGUGUUCGCCCGUUCAACACCUUCAUUCUUUCAGGUGAGUCUGGUCAGUGUGGAUAUCUUCGACAGUGUUACUGACCUAUCCCAGACCAAUAUACGAUCGUCGAGACCGAUCACCCUGAUUUGAUCCAGCUCGACUCGGAAGGGUGCACGACGGGCAAAGUCAUGGACUUUUUCCAACGGGAGCGGCUGGAGAUGUGCUCCAUGUCGGCACCUACUGAGAUUGCGCCCAAUGUCUGGCUUGGUCCAACACCUGACCCAAGCCUAUAUGUAGGCCCGGGUGGGCUCAGCUCCCAAGGCCAGCCCGCUUUCGACCUCUUGAUCGAGUGUAGCGACAUCGCGCAGAUUCCGGAUGUAAAGGCAUUCCGAUUCCUCGAGGACCAAUUCGAGCGGAAAGAUGAUGGUUCGUACGAUGAGAGUAUUGUCCACCAGCUCGAAUUCCCCGGCUCGGGCUCGAUAAUGCCACCUACCUGGUCGCAGACUGAAGUUGAUGGUCUGCUGGCAACGUGCGAGUGGAUCUACACGCACGCCAGCGCCGGACCUGAUGCCAAACAGCGAAGGGAUAGCAAGCUUUCGCUCACACCACCUCGCGACACGGAUGGUGAUAGCCAGAUGCAAGGCUCCGACUUCAAGAUUCAUCCGGGUAGGAAGCUGCUCAUCCACUGCACUGACGGCUACACCGAGUCAUCGCUCCUCGCAUUGGCUUAUUACAUGUACGCCAACUGCGUUCCGGUCCACGAUGCGUGGCUCCAGCUGCAUCUUGAAAAGGGGCGCAACUUCUUUGCAUAUGGCUCGGAUGUCCACCUGUUGCGGGCCAUCGAGCCGCGUAUCCUUCAGUCCUCGCCGAAGCAUUCCGGCAAUCUGAAGCAGCUCUGCCCCAAAGCUCCAGAAUGGCUGGAGAAGAUGGACGGUUCGCUACCCAGUCGUAUCCUCCCGUACAUGUACCUUGGGAAUCUCGGCCAUGCGAACAACCCGGGUUUGCUCAGAGAGCUCGGUAUCGGCCAGAUCCUCAGUGUCGGUGAGCCUGUCAAUUGGUCCAAGGAGACGAUCGACCCUUGGCCGGCGGAGAAUUUGCUCUUUGUCGACAAAGUCCAGGACAAUGGUGUAGACCCCCUGACGGAAGACUUCAGGCGGUGUUUAGAGUUCAUCGGUGAGUAAUCGCAUGUUUGCCUUUACCUAUGGUACUGACCUCUAGGCAGAAAAUGGACGUCAGAAUGGCACGGCAACACUGGUGCACUGCCGAGUCGGCGUAUCCCGCAGCGCAACCAUCUGCAUCGCCGAGGUGAUGAACGAGCUGGGCUUGUCCUUCCCUCGAGCGUACUGUUUCGUUCGAGCGAGGCGCUUGAACGUGAUCAUCCAGCCUCAUCUUCGAUUCUCGUGAGUCGCCCUGCCCGUCAAGCUGGGAUCCGGCGGUUGCUGACAUAUUUCCCUCGCAGCUACGAGCUCCUGAAAUGGGAGGAAAUGCAAUGCCAGAUACGCGGCCAACCGCUCCGCCGCGAACUGGACUGGGCGACGAUUGCCCGUGAGAUUGCGGCCAUGAACAAGCCUUACUCGCGGCAAGGAUAG